GGUCCUACACUCUACUUCCCCUCGCUGGAGCUCCGUACGACGGACUACACACAGAACACAGCCAUGGCCGAAAACGCCGGCUUGGAAAACCAUCGCAUUAAGAGCUUUAAAAACAAGGGGCGAGAUGUCGAGACUAUGCGAAGACAUCGCAACGAAGUGACGGUAGAACUGAGAAAGAAUAAAAGAGAUGAGCACCUGCUGAAGAAGCGAAACGUUCCACAGGAGGAGAGUCUGGAGGACUCAGACGUAGAUUCUGAUUUCAAAGGGCAAAACGUAACACUAGACGCCAUCUUACAGAAUGCCACCAGUGACAACGCAGUAGUCCAGCUCAGCGCUGUGCAGGCGGCUAGAAAAUUACUCUCCAGUGACAGAAAUCCUCCCAUCGAUGACUUGAUAAAAUCUGGAAUCCUUCCCAUCCUAGUGAAAUGCCUGGAGAGGGACGACAAUCCCUCGUUGCAGUUUGAAGCUGCCUGGGCUCUGACCAAUAUAGCGUCGGGCACCUCAGCACAGACUCAGGCUGUGGUCAAAUCCAAUGCUGUCCCCCUGUUCUUGCGACUUCUCCACUCCCCUCAUCAGAACGUUUGUGAACAGGCAGUGUGGGCGCUUGGCAACAUCAUCGGUGAUGGCCCUCAGUGCCGAGAUUACGUCAUCUCCCUGGGCGUGGUCAAGCCCCUCCUGUCCUUCAUUAACCCCUCCAUCCCCAUCACUUUCCUCCGUAACGUCACCUGGGUUAUCGUCAACCUGUGCAGGAACAAGGACCCACCCCCACCCAUGGAGACUGUGCAGGAGAUCCUGCCUGCCCUUUGUGUACUCAUAUACCACACUGACAUAAAUAUCCUGGUAGACACAGUCUGGGCCCUGUCCUACCUGACAGACGGAGGCAACGAACAGAUUCAGAUGGUCAUUGACUCAGGUGUAGUCCCUUUCCUGGUCCCCCUGCUCAGCCAUCAAGAGGUCAAAGUUCAGACUGCUGCACUGAGGGCGGUGGGGAACAUUGUGACAGGGACAGAUGAGCAGACUCAAGUGGUGCUCAACUGUGACGUUCUCUCCCAUUUUCCCAACCUGCUCACACACCCCAAAGAGAAGAUCAACAAGGAGGCGGUGUGGUUCUUGUCCAAUAUCACAGCUGGGAACCAGCAGCAGGUGCAGGCAGUGAUUGACGCUGGCCUCAUUCCCAUGAUCAUCCACCAGCUGGCCAAGGGGGAUUUUGGUACACAGAAAGAAGCUGCCUGGGCCAUCAGCAACUUAACAAUAUCUGGGAGAAAGGAUCAGGUGGAGUACCUGGUACAGCAGAACGUAAUCCCACCCUUCUGUAACCUACUGUCAGUGAAGGAUUCUCAGGUGGUCCAGGUGGUUCUGGACGGGCUGAAGAACAUCCUCAUCAUGGCCGGGGAGGAGGCCAGCACCAUCGCAGAAAUCAUUGAAGAGUGCGGAGGACUGGAAAAAAUCGAGAACCUCCAGCAGCACGAAAACGAGGACAUCUACAAAUUAGCGUUUGAAAUCAUCGAUCAAUACUUUUCAGGAGAUGACAUUGACGAAGACCCCAGCCUGAUCCCUGAGGCCACUCAGGGCGGCACCUUCAAUUUUGACCCGGCGUCCAACUUACAAACCAAGGAGUUCAAGUUCUGAAGAGAGAGACUAGGUGGGUCCCAUCACCACCACUACCACCCCCCCACCCCCCGAGCUGCUCUUCACCUCAAACACCCCACCCCACCCCACCCACCUCCUUCUGAUCAUCACCGACAAUUCACUAACAACAAACACACUCGGGAAAAAAAAAAAUUCAAGCACUGAAGGAUCUGACUAUCUCAAAGCAUCCGCACGAUGCCUCUAAAUGUUCCAGAAGAAGAGGAAGAAGAGAGGGGAUAAAAAAGAAAAAAAAAAAAAAAAAAGGAAAACAAACGCCUCGUCUGUCAUUCUGCAGUUGCCAAAAAAAAAAAAAAUGUCGCUCUCUCUUUCUUCUCUCGUUCACCAACACACACACACACACACACACACACACAGACUCAAGUCAUAUGUGUGCAUGAACAUUAUGAAAAGAGAACUUGUUUUACCAGCCGUCAUAUCAGCAAACUGAAAAAGGAGUAAGACAGAAAAAAAAAAAUCCCCGAUUUUUUUUUUUCCCCCCCUCUUUUUUUUUUUUUCCCCUCUCCCCCCUCGGCAAUCUCUCCUUUCUCCAGAAGUCAACCCUGUUUCGCUAAGUGAUCUGAGUCAGUGCACCAGACACCCCAAACGGAAGACAUCCAAAUCUCCAAAUCUCAGCUGUGUUAAGCCACAUGGGCCCUCUUUCCAUUCCCCCUCAGGACCCCUCCCCCCAACCCCCUUGCAAUUUCUGGAGGGGGGGGCCGGGGCUGGAGGAGGGGCUAUUUCAGACAGUGGUGGGCUUACGGAACUGAUAAAAAAAAAAAAAAAACCACCGCCACAAAAUUCUUUGUCUUUGAUUUUUUUUUUUUUUUUAUUCAUGAAGUCAUCAUGAAUCAAUGGAUAUUAUGUACAAAAAAAAUGAAAAUAAUAACAAAAAAAAAAGACAUGAACAGAUAAGUUGUCAUUCAAGCAUUCAACCCUAAAGGUUUUGCGGCGAAGGAGAACUUUUAAAGCGUUUGCGCUCACUCUCUCCCUCUCCCUCUCAGUUGCCAUGGAAAUGUGGGACACAUUGAAGGAAAUUUUGAGUAACAUAAGUGUCACUGAGGGUUAGAAGCUACUCAACAAGUGUGCUGGAGCAGGCACUCUCUCUCUCUCUCUCUCUCUCUCUCUCUCUCUCUCCUCCUCUCUUUUUGUUUUUUUUUGUCUUUUUUUGUUCUUCUCCGGGCAUGAUUGCUGUUACCUGGAGGACCUGCUGCUGUGACGAUGUCUUGCCUGGAACCUUUCAACUCUCUUUCAGAGAAGAGAGCAGUGAAGCUUACACACCUCUCUCUCUGUCUCUGUCUCUGUCUCUGUCUCUCUCUUUCUGGAUACAUCCACAUUUCUCAUCUGUAAUAAUAACCAAUCUUAACUCGAGGACAGCGACGCGACCCCCCCCUCCCUUGGACACCCCCGGCACACGCCUUUCAGAACUCUCACCUGGCUUCUUCUCAUCUCUUCUUGGCAGGAAUAUAUUUUCGCAAAACUUAAGUUAACAGCGUUUAGAAUAGAUGGUCAAAAAAAAAAAAAAAAAAACGAGAGAAAACUACAGAUUCGAUUGGAUUGUGAUUAUUUUUGUCAGUAGAGCUUCCACGUUUGCUAUUUCCUUUUCAGUCUUAUAUGCACACUUGUGACAUGCCCCAACCCCCCCACCCUUCUUUUUGUCUUUCUUGCCGGACGCACGUGGAAAGCGACAUUCACUUAAUAAUUUAGAAAAUGUAAGCAAUGGAGGAGGCGGGGAAAUCCAUAACAGUGCGAUUCUGUUUUUAUUUUUGUUGUUGUUUUGUUGUUAAUUUGAGAAAUUCAUUUGCUACAACCUAACUGUACAAACUAAAGUAUCUUUCCAACUUUCUCAUGUAAGGUAGGCUAUGUAAAAAAAAAAAACAAAAACAAAAACAAAAAAAAAAAAACCACAAGGAAAAUUAAGAGUCGCCACACCCUACUAGACAUUUGUUGGGACACUGCAGAACAAUAACAUUGUAUUACUGAUUUACAAUUAACAGGGAGGGUUGUUUUGUUUUGUUUUUUUCUUUUUUUUUUUUUUUUUUAAACAUGCCUAUUGUGAUGACAGAUGAUUCCAUUAUUGGAAAUGGGCUUUCUUACUAUUGUGACUGGACAUUUUGUUUCCCUGUGCAUAUACUUGUAAAGGGAUUUGGAAAACAAACAAAAAGAAAGAAAGGAAAAAAAGAAAAAAAAAGAAAAUACAUUUGGACUAAUGUAGUAAGGCCCUGGCUGCUAACUACUGAAAAUGGGGAAUUGUGAUGCAGGCAGUCCAGGUGUUUUUUGGAAUAGCCAUUUCUAAUUGAUGAACAACAACAACAACAAAAACAACCCUAGCAGGUGUGUAUUCAUGAACUAUCUAGACACCUAGAAUGAGCCACUUUAAAGAUUUAAGAAUUUUUUUGUCUUGUAUCAGAAAAGGAUACAAGCUUAUGCUUGUUGCAAGAUUUUUACUUGCUGAAGAAGAAAAAAAAAACAUUAAAAUAAAAUAUGAAAAAGCGACAGAUCGCAUUUUGGCCUCUGAUUGUUUAUAUCUUUUUAUAAAUUUUAGAAACGAUUUCUCUUUAAGGUGGCUCACUGUUUUUU